AUGAUUUCCGCUCAAGGGCCUGAAUUCGCGGCUACUGUCUACAACCUGGGCGUCAUCAACGCGCCUCUUGGGGUAAGUUUAACUUUACUGCAUGGCUACAACCUGGGCGUCAUCAACGCGCCUCUUGAGCUGAUGGGCGACUGGCUGAACACGACCAACUACAACAGAACGAAGGAGUACCUCUCGCAGAGCUCCAAGACGAGGAUUAUCUCGUGGAUCGUCUCGAUCUACUAUAUCGGCGACAAGAUUGGUGGCGCCUUCGCUGGCUUCUUCUCUGAGAGGUUCGGCCAUAAGGCCGUGCUGCUCAUCAACAACGUGUUCGCCUUCUUAGCCGCUAUUUUGUUCGGCUUCUGCAAGAUGGCGGGAUCCUGGGAAAUGAUUGUCGCAGGUCGCUUAUUCAUCGGCAUCAACAAUGGACUCAACGCUCGCCUGGUGCCCAAGUACCUGUCCACGAUAGCCCCUCCGAACCUUCGCGGCGCCAUUGGUUACGUCUACCAGCCGGCAGUCGCCAUCUCAAUCCUGUUCUUGCAAAUCAUGGGUUCGGAGAGCCUGUACGCGUGGCACGUAAUGCUGGCCCUCACGACCGUCCCCGCCGUCUUCCAGCUCUGCGUGCUGCUCAUCUGCCCUGAGCAGAACCCUGAGAAUCUUCUGCUACCCAUUUCGGAACCUUCUCAUCAACAAGGGCAAGCAGGUCUACUCCCAGAGAGCUGUGCAGUGGCUGUGCAACUCAACGAACGUGCACGACGAGAUGAAAGAGAUGCAGAGGGUGGCUGAGGCCCAAUUUCAGAGGCCUUUACAAAUUUAACACUUAAUUUAAGCUUUAGAAUAGAAUAGAAGUGUCGGCGCUGAAGAUACAAGAAACAUCUUAGGAUAGAAAUGCUCAAAAUUGGGAAUAUAUGUAGAACCGUUGACGAUUGGAUAAGCCGACGGUUGAAAACGAGCGGGAAUACGACUCUCCGCGCGUGUAGCGUUCGGGACUAUAAAAGCAGUGAGGUAGGAGAAAAA